CAGACAGUUACUACCAUUGACGAGAGCAGGGCUUUUGGAAACACUCUGUCAAAGCCAUGGCUCGUUCUUCGAGGAGAUUGUCAGAUUGGACGUUCUCCUCCAUAACAGUUGUCAUCUUACUCUUGCUCGCUUCGUGUACAGUAGCGGUCAAACACCAUGAUUUCAAAAGGUGUGAGCAGUCCGGUUUCUGCAAAAGGAAUCGGGAACUUGCAGAUUCCAUGACCGAGAAAGGCGGGCCUGAUUCCUCUCCUUACCACCUGGACAGUGCAUCGAUCAAGUUCAAGGACGGCCAACUAGACGGUUCGAUUGUCAAGACGUUGCAUGACAACGAAGCAGUUAAGCUUCCCUUAACUAUCACUUUUCUUGAGCGAGGAAACGUGCGAGUCACAAUCGACGAAGAGAAGAGGAAGAAGGGAGAGAUCGAGCUGAGACACGGCAGCGUGGCCCGGAAGGAAAGAUACAACGAAGCUGGAGCAUGGGCACUGACUGGAGCUGGCCUUCAGUCUCAGAAAUCCUCCUCAUUGAGAAAAGUAUCCAAGGAUCUGAGCGAGGUGACCUGGGGUCCAGAAGGCCGUUUCAAAGCAACUAUUCGUCAUGCCCCCUUUGGUAUGGAAUUCUGGUCCGGAGACGAGAAGCACGUCGUACUCAAUGGGCGUGGAUUCAUGAACCUAGAGCAUUGGCGUCCCAAGGUUGACAAGCCUGUGGCCGAUGAAAAUGCAACUGCAGAAACUGCGGCUGCACCAUCUGAGGAUGAAAGCACUUGGUGGGAAGAGAGCUUUGGUGGCAACACAGAUUCUAAACCCAAAGGGCCCGAGAGUGUAGCCAUGGACAUCACAUUCCCCGGAUAUGGCCACGUUUUUGGACUCGCAGAACACGCUGGACCGUUGUCUUUGAAACAAACACGUGGCGGAGACGGCAAUUAUGACCAACCGUACCGCAUGUACAACAGUGACAUCUUCGAGUAUGAGCUUGAUAGUCCGAUGACACUUUACGGCUCUAUCCCGUUCCUGCAAGCUCACAAGAAGGACUCCACCGUGGGUGUUUUCUGGCUGAAUGCUGCUGAAACAUGGGUCGACAUCACGAAAUCAUCUCAUGGCGGGAAUCCUCUAACUCUCGGGCUGAGCGGUGGUGUCGUCGACACUCAAACCCAUUGGAUGUCAGAGAGCGGUCUUUUGGAUGUUUUUGUCAUGCUCGGCCCAACUCCUCAAGAGCUCUCAAAGUCUUACGGCGAGUUGACUGGUUACACGCAGCUCCCGGCUUCUUUUUCACUAGGUUACCAUCAAUGCCGAUGGAACUAUGUGAGCGAUGAGGAUGUCAAGGACGUGGACCGGAAGUUUGACAAGCACAAUAUUCCGUACGAUGUCAUCUGGCUCGACAUUGAAUAUACCGAUGACAAGCAAUACUUUACGUGGGAUCCUCAUACUUUCCCUGAUCCGAUAUCCAUGGAAAAGCAAUUGGAUGAAACUGAGCGCAAGCUUGUGGUUAUCAUUGACCCGCAUAUCAAGAACAAGGGUGGUUACACAGUCGAUGAAGAACUCAAGAGCAAGGGACUAGCGGUGAAAAACAAAGAAAACAACAUUUUCGAAGGUUGGUGCUGGCCUGGCAGCUCGCACUGGAUUGAUGCAUUCAACCCUGCGGCCAGAGCGUGGUGGAAAACUCUAUUCACCUAUGACCGGUUCAAGGGGACGAUGAACAAUGUCUGGUUGUGGAACGAUAUGAACGAACCAUCGGUGUUUAAUGGGCCUGAAAUCACGAUGCCACGGGACAACAUUCACUAUGGAAACUGGGAGCAUCGCGAUGUACACAACAUCAACGGCAUGACCUUCCACAAUGCCACUUACCAUGCACUGCUUGAACGCAAGAAGGGGGAAGUCCUGCGGCCUUUUAUCUUGACUAGGUCAUUUUAUGCUGGAUCACAACGAUCGUCGGCAAUGUGGACCGGAGAUAACCAAGCGAAUUGGGACCACCUUGCAGUCUCUAUUCCGAUGAUACUGAACCAGGGAGUCAGUGGCUAUCCAUUCGCUGGUGCUGAUGUGGGUGGCUUCUUCGGUAAUCCCAGUAAAGAGCUACAGACACGAUGGUACCAGGCUGGUGUAUUCUACCCCUUCAUGCGUGGGCAUGCGCAUAUCGAUACACGCAGGCGCGAGCCUUAUCUUUUAGGUGAGCCGUAUACCGGUAUAAUGGCACAGGCUAUUCGACUGCGAUAUGCAUUGUUCCCUGCUUGGUAUACGGCCUUUCACGAAGCUUCAACAGAUGGUUACCCAAUAGUCCGUGCGCAAUACUAUGUUCAUCCCGAAGAUGAGAAGGGGUUUGCGAUAGAUGAUCAGUUCUAUCUUGGGUCUACCGGGUUGUUGGCAAAACCGGUGACUACUGAAGGCGCCGAAAGUGUCGACAUCUAUCUCGCGGGUUCUGAAAACUACUACGAUUACUUCGACUACACCAUAUACACCGGAGGCUCAAAGUCACAUAGGAUCCAUGCACCCCUAGACAAAAUUCCUCUGCUCAUGCAAGGUGGACACAUCAUUCCGCGAAAAGACAGGCCUCGAAAGAGUUCUGGUCUCAUGAGAUGGGAUCCAUACAGCCUUGUGGUUGUGCUGGAUAGCAACACUCAAGCCACAGGAAGUCUCUACGUUGACGAUGGCGAAACGUUCGACUAUGAGCAAGGGGCAUUCAUCCAUCGAAAAUUUGUUUUCGCCGAUGGUGAAUUGAGCAGCACCAACCUGGGCACCAAGGGAUCCAAGACCGCACAAUAUCUGAAAGCCAUGAAAGAUGUGACCGUGGAAAAGAUCAUUGUGGUGAAUGCGCCAGCCUCGUGGUCAGACGUCAACGAGGUGUCCGUCACAGGAGAAGGCAUCAAAGGCACUGCUUCGGCGGAACUGAUUUACCAUGCCGCAGCCGGAGAUAAAGCUGCAUGGGCAGUGAUUAGGAACCCUAGAACGAGCAUUGGGGCGGAUUGGACUGUUUCUCUACCGAAGACGGCUGAUGCUAAAUCGGAACUUUAGGCUUGUAAAUUAGGACAGGUCGGGAAAAGUAUUGCAAUUUUUGCAGGUUGAUACCUAGAUAGCUGCAAUGAGAUACGGAUAGACCAGUG